CUGUUAUUCAUACCUAUUGACCAUGGGUUCAUGUCUGGCUUUAAUACCAUGAGCCUGUUUCUCUUAUCCUAGGGAUAAUCGCUUUUCAAUGAGGAUAUUUAGAUUCUAGCCUUUACUCUAGAUUUAAAUGGGGUUGUUCCACGUGAUGAACUCGAAUAGGUAUCACGGACACGUCCGAGUCAUCACACCCUGCUACUGUCUGCUCUAUAACCUUGAAUCAUCCAAACAUACCCUGAAACUCUUACUCUACUAUCUAUUGCUUUUGAACAAUGGCAUCUAGAAAAACCAAGCCAGACAAAUCUGCCAGCAAAGGUGACGAGGGGGUUGUUUUGAUCCUUGAUUAUCUCCGAGCCCAAAACCGUCCCUACUCGGCAAUUGAGAUAUCUGCAAAUCUUCACAACAAGGUCACCAAGGCCAACGCCGCGAAGAUCCUCAAGGAGCUACAUGGCAAUGAAGAGAUUGAAGGACGAGUGUCUGGAAAGCAAAUCGUCUACCACGCCCUGCAAAGUCCAGAAGACGAUGCUAGUCCAGAAGGUCUUGCGGAUCUCGAGGGGGAGGUCAAAAGAUUACAAGAGCAGACCACUGAGUUCAAAGCAAACGAAAAGAAAGUCAGAGCAGAGCUUGUUCUCCUCUGCGCGCGACCUACUCUUUCCGAGCUGCGGCAGGACCUCACUCGACUCGAAAGGGAGAAGGUUACAAUCGUGAAGAGCCUCGAGGCACUACGCAGCACCGAAUCCGUCCCCGUCUCCGUCGAAGAGAGGGCCGAGGUGGACAAGGAAUGGAAGAAAUGGCAGAGACACGCGAGCGCACGAGCUCGGAUCUGUCAGGAGCUGUGGAGAAGCUGCUCGGAGGUUCUGCCUGAGAAUAUGACCCGAGCAGAGCUUUGGGAAUCCUUGGGUCUCGACGAAAUGUGAGAGAAAACAUAUGUUCAAUGAGGAGAAAUUCGAUAAGGCUGAGUGAGGUGCGAAACAAGGCUGGAAAUGGAGCCAUACAGGCGAUGAAAGAACGCUACUAAUUCACAUUAAAUAAGGCUGGUGUGUCGCGGGAAACCUCAUCAGUUGCUUUUUAAUUGACUAGUGGUCUAUAUGACGCCUCAAAUAAGAAGUCAAAUUCCCAUCAAGGCAUUGCUAUACGCCUGUAGUUGGUUAACCUGCCAGUCACCUGUUGGGGCGGGUAGCGUAGCAUUCGUGGCGGCGAGGUUG